AUGGACGUUAAAAGGACUCCAUGUGAACUUUUCACCAAGAUUGAAGAAAUUUUGACAACGACAAUUGGGGUCAGUGAAUUGGUGUUGAAGCAUAGCGAACCAAACAACAGAACUUUAAAAGAUCUCCUAACUUGUAUCAACAGAAGCAUUGAGGAAGCCAGAACCGAAGUUGGCCAUUUGAAGGCAUUGACACUGCCGUUAAUUGACAAUCAGCAGAUAACGUAAGAAUUAAAAUUAAGUGUUUGGUUUAACAAUGUUUUGAGAAUCAUUAUAAUAUUUCAGCUUCGACGAAUAUGAGGCUUCCAACCAUAUCAAUCGAGAAUUGAAAGAAAUAACCAGGCCAACAAUGAUCCAGGGGAGAAAGACUCAAUUGGAAGAGGAAGAAACACAAAAGGUGCUACAAAAUGAAGAAAGACAGAAAGCGCUUCAAGAAGAAGAAAGACAGAAGAUGCUUCAAGCCGAGGAAGAACAAAAAAGAUUGGUGAAGGAAGAGGAAGAAAGUAGAAGGAAGAUCCUUCAAGAAGAACAGGAAAGACAAAAGAAACAGCUUCAAGAGGAGGAAGAAAGACAAAAGAAAUUGCUGCAGGAAGAGGAAGAAAGGAAGAAGAAGCUUCUUCAAGAAGAACAGGAAAGACAAAAGAAACAGCUGCAAGAAGAGGAAGAAAGACAAAAUAGACAGAGAAAAGGUGAAGAGGAAAAACAAAAGAAUUUGCUUAAGGAAGAAGAAGAAAGAAAGGCAAGAUGGCUUUUAGAGCAGGAAGAGGAAGAAACACAGAAGAAAUUUGUUCAACAACAGGAAAGACAGCUUCGAGAAGAAGAAGAAAGAGAGGAGCAUUUAGAGCAAGAAGAGGUACAGAAUACCCACCUUCAAAACGAAGGAAAGACAAAGGAGAUUUUAGAAGACGCGGAAAAGCAAAAGAUGCUGCUUCAGGAAGAGGACGAAAGGCUGGCUUCUGAGAGAGUUAAGAGUUACACCCAGGAGUUGUUGUUGCAGCACGAGAGACAAGAAGAAGAAAUGGCUCGAAUGGCUGAGAGUCUGGUCUUGUGUCCAGCCGAACAAGUUGCCGAGACGCCAGAGAUCGAGGAUUGUGCUGGAAUAAUGGCGAUUGAUUCAGAUGCCCAAGUGAGCUUUGAUUCCGUCAUCAACACCACUCCGGUCAAGAACGAGAACAGCGCCAACUGCAAGGGAGUUGUCUUCUACGAAACCCCAUUCAAAAGCAUCUCAGCGACGAUAAAGCUUCUCAAGGGAGGUGACAUGGCCAGGAAGAUGUUUGGCAAUGGAAUGGUCAAGCUGCGGAACGUUGACGGCGUGGUUAAUAUCGAGGUCUGGGAUACUGAAAGAAUGUUGUUUGGAGCUGAACUUAACAAGUGCUUCAGUUGGAAUCACGAUACUCUUGAAGGCCCCAGCUGGCACAUCCACGUACGUUUGUUGAGGUUAUUGCAGUUAUUUGGUAGUUUCUUCUUUCAUGUGUAAAGUUGAAGGACAUUGUUCAGGAUACUAACCUUUUAUGUUUUAAAUAAUAUAAUGUCUACUUAUUAUUGAAGAAUACAUUUUUAUUUCAGAAGUCAGACACCGAACCAGAUUUUGAUUUUGUGGCCGACUUCCAGUUCAAAGAGCGUACAAACAUGUUCAAGAACAUGGUCAAAGGUAAGUGUUAUUUGAUUAAAAUGGUUUUACUUUUAUCACGAUUAUAGAUAUCAUUUUAAACUUAUUUAUUGAAACUUUUACUUUUAUUUUAGCUAUUAUGGACAGCCCUCACUCCAGCAGUUUGUACAUCAAGAGUCUGUGUCACUUCAAAAGUCGUAUUCUAAACGAAGAGUUCGAAGUUCUGAAUGUCCAGUUCCUCUUGUUCGAUGGGAACUCAUGUGCACCUCCAACUGUCGUCAUUGUCAACCAUGAAAAGGAGUACUUCAGGACCAAUUUGGACCAACCUGUUACACCAUGCCAAAAGAGCCAAACCAUAAUGUUCAGCAUCCAGGUAAGAAAAAUUAUGAAUUAUAUUAAUUUUUUACAGUAUAGCUCUGUAAAAAUGUAUUAUAGAGCUAAUUAAUCUUGAAAUAUUAUUUUCAGAAGCCCGAUGGAAUUCGCAUGAUGGUCGCAUGCCGCUUUAAGGAACGUACUCACGCUGACUUCGCCUACAAGCUCCUCUGUAUUAACGAAGAGUCGUUCACUUAA